ACGCUAACCCUCAGUUACCCAGAUUGGUGUCAAAGCGACCCAGACUGAGCAAAACUGCAGUUACUCUAAACUGAGUAAAGGCACCUUUACUCAAAUCUGGGUUACCGAUGUUGGUGGCAAAAUCUGGGUAAACGAUACCCAGCUCCUCCGGGGCCUUGAUUUUGUUAAUUUAUUUCCAAUUUAGAUUUUGAUUAAAAAGCUCUCCGUUGCUACGUGCUGUUCACUUACCUGAUGCUGGAAAACAGUUCCCCGGAAUAAUUCCACUGUUUUCCCGUCAUUUAUCGGCAUAUUUUUCGCGAAAACAUUCAUAGUUUCCAGCGUUCUCCUGACCGCUGCCAUAUUCUCAAACCGAAAAGUGACAAAGUGCCGAUUACCCAGAUCUUUACCCAAAUUCAGCGAAUCUGGGUUUUCGGGUUACCCGGAUUCUGACAACUGCUAACAACAUGAAAAUCCGGGUCGAAUCGACCCAGUCGAUGGGUAGUUUCAGGUUAGCGUGUAGAUAAAGUGUCAAAGGACCAAUACUAGGGAAUGUUAGUCUGCAAGUCAUCAUAACGCUGUUUUGCUCCCUACGAGACAUCGUGAAUUUCUAAGAGUUAAUGAAAAUUUAUUUUGCCUAUUACUAUUACUAUAAAACCGUUUACUAAAUCUUGAAUUCGAGCCUACAUCGUGUGCUUCGAAUCAAUACUAAUCAAGUAAACAUACCCACGAACGCUACCGAUACGAUUCCUCAUAAAUCAAUAGUACGUUCACUAAAAUCCUUGAAGCUUACACCACCACAAAGUGUGUCUGCUGUCCAGAAUUAGUGACGUAACCCGUACCAACAAAAUCUUCAAGGAUUUUAAAUCACACGGGGGUUACAAUGGAGGAACAUCGGAAGCCCGGCGGAUACAGCUGUAAGUCCUGUACGAGGCCAGAUACUGACGACGAGAAGUGGGUUGCUUGCGACCGCUGUAAGCUCUGGGAGCACUUCGAAUGUGCGGGAGUGAGCGAAUCCGUGAAGAACCGCCGUUAUUUGUGCAAGGAGUGCGAACUAACGGUUGCAGCCCCCACCGCAUCGACAUCUCGCAGUCUGAGGCCACCACCAUCGGAAGGUAGGUCACUACGGUCGUCAACGGCCAAAUCUGGUCUGAAGCCAGUCAAUAAAGUAACCACCUUAGCGUCGAAGUUCUCUCGGAGCGCAAAUAGCACGACUUCGAGUACUCGAGCUGCCCGUCUGGAAGCCCAAAUGAAGUUGGUCGAGGAGGAGCAAGUGUUGAAGGAGCAGGAGCUGGAAGCCCAGGAAGCGAUGAGAAGGAAAGAAAUGGAGGAAGAAGAACGCCGUCUAGAAGAAAGAAAAGCGCUGUUGGAAGAAGAAGCUCGGUUGCGGCAGCGAAAGCUGCAAGAAGAAAAAGAGUACCAAAAGAGGCAGCAGGUGAUCAGGAUGGAAUCGUUGGAGAAAAGGAACACUAUCGCACGGCAGUUGAGUGCAUGUAGCAGCAAGAGUGAGUCCAUUCCGGACUCGGAGCAACAGAUAGCCCUCUGGUUGCAACAAUGUUCUCCCGAACCCUUCGAGGAUCGAAUUAGCUCGCUGCAGAUUGACGCCGGAGAGGGGGCAGAGCAGCUCGUACAAGACCAACCACCAUCGACUGCAGGCCAACGUCCAUCGUAUCAACGACCUAGAGCUAACCAGGAUUGCCAGGAACCAUUGCCGUCCGAACGUGACAACAUCGAAACUCAGCAAGAUAACCAUGAUGUUUUUCGAUCCCGCUUCAACGGUCCGACCCAGCCACCACUACAAGAUGGUCGUACAUCAGUAUCACGAGCAGAUCACGCUCGGUUUCGAGAUGCAAACAUGCCCUAUCAACAAAAUCCAGGAUCGCGGCAAGCGUUUCAGCCGGAGGGGGCAGCGUUCCAUGGGGCACUUUCUCCCAGCCAAUUAGCAGCCAGGCAGGUGAUGGGGAAAGAACUGCCGAACUUCACUGGCAACCCCGAAGAUUGGCCAAUCUUCAUUUGUAGUUUUGAACAAUCUACAUCAGCAUGUGGGUACAGCGAUGCCGAAAACCUCAUGCGCCUACAGCGAUGCCUAAAAGGACAGGCGUAUGAAUCGGUGCGGAGCAGACUACUCCUCCCCUCGAGUGUCCCACAAGUGAUUAACACGCUUCGUACACUCUACGGCAGACCAGAGCUACUCAUACGAACGCUUAUCGAGAAGGUACGCUGUGCGGCAGCGCCUAGACACGACCGUCUGGAAUCGGUAGUAGAAUUCGGGCUAGUGGUCCAAAAUCUUGUGGACCACCUGAAGGCGGCGAAGCAGUACACCCACUUAUCCAACCCGGUAUUGAUGCAGGAACUUGUGGAGAAGCUCCCCGGUUCGCUAAAACUGGAUUGGGCAGUAUACCGGAGCAGACAGCCGUAUGCGACUUUAGCAACGUUUGGGGACUUCAUGACGGGACUACUGGAUGCGGCAAGUCAAGUAACCUACGAACUGCCGAACGCAACCCGCAACUUCAAAGGUGAACAACGACGCACCAAAGAAAAGGGGCACAUAAACGCUCAUUCGGCAACACCAGCUUCAUCCUUGGAGACGUCGAGCUCAUCACCGAAGUUAAAAAGGGCAGGUAAGACAUGCGCAGCAUGUGAGCGAGAGGGACAUCGUGUGGCAGAAUGUCGUCAAUUCAAAUCAUUGGGUCACGACGAACGGUGGAAAGUUGUUCAAGGAAAAGGAUUGUGCAGCACGUGUUUGAAUAGUCACGGAAAGUGGCCGUGUAGGACUUGGCAAGGAUGUGAUAUUGCUGGCUGCCGCGAAAAACACCAUACACUACUCCAUCCUUCUACCCUCCACCCUUCCCUGAACGUCUCCGUCAGUAAUAUCACACAAAAUAGUGGGUCUUCACCCAUGUUUCGAGUUCUCCCAGUGGUAUUGCAUGCGGGGGAGCGGAAAGAAGUUUUGUUUGCGUUCAUCGACGAAGGAUCAUCGACUACUCUUUUGGAAAAAACAGUCGCUGAUCGGUUGGGUGUAUCUGGACCAGUCGAACCACUAACUUUGCAGUGGACGGGUAAGGUAACACGAGAAGAACGGAUGUCUCAACGUCUACAACUGAAAAUUUCUGGUGAGGGUAGUUCUAGCCUCUAUAAGUUAUGCGAGGUGCGAACGGUCGGCUGUCUGGUGUUACCUACGCAAUCGAUGAAGUACAACGAACUCUGCGAUCGAUAUCCUCAUUUGCGUGGACUUCCACUGAAAGAUUACGAGCUAAUCCAACCGAAGCUGUUGAUUGGAUUGGACAACCUUCACCUCGCUGUUCCCCUAAAGGUGCGAGAAGGUGGUACUAAGGAUCCGAUAGCUGCGAAGUGUCGACUUGGUUGGAGUGUGUACGGAUACUUGAUGGGUUCAUCAACAUCACGCGCUGUGGUUCACUUCCAUGUUGCCGCACCUGUCGAUAGCGAUCGGCAACUGAACGACCAACUUCGCGACUACUUUGCUCUGGAGGACGCCGGUGUCACCGAACGGAAAGAAGUACUGGAGUCAGAUGAAGAAAGACGGGCAAGGACAAUACUGCAACUAACGACAAGGCGUACGCACCGUGGAUUCGAGACCGGGCUACUUUGGCGAGAUGAUGACCCGGUAUUCCCGGAUAGUUACUCAAUGGCAGUUCGUCGUUUGAAGGCGCUAGAAAAAAAAACUGGCAAAGGACACACUGUUACAAGAGCGGGUGUGUGAA